UUUAUUUUGAAACUGUUUUUUUUUGUAGUGUCGUCAGAGAGCUGUUCACAUAAUUGUGUUUACUAAAAUCCAAAACAUUCAGUGACUUUUAAUGUAAUUUUGCGUGGUAAAUCUACCAAAUACUGUACAACAGAAAUGAGCGGAUUAACAAGCAACAUCUGAAAUUAUUGACUUCAAGAACAGCAGUUAAAUGACUACAUCAUGGACAUUAUAUUCCCCAAACAAGAGCACUUGGACAGAAUUCCUCUCCCUCUGCCCGCCCUGCGCUUCUUGGUCCCUCCUGUACGCCUCAUGUCUGCCUUCAUGUGGAGAAUUGUGCAGCAGAAGGAUGUGAUGCAGUAUGGGAUGCUGGCAGAUUUUGUUUCAUUGGUGUCAGAGGCAGUUCCAAAAUUGGUUAGUCGUAGACUUGGAGUUCAACUCAUUUUAGGACUGCGUGCAAGGCUUGUUUUGGAGUUGUGUGAGAGAGACAACGCUGCUGACAUGCACACAAUCCAUACUCACCUCAACAGCAUUCAACUCGUGGAUAACACUGUGGUGGGAGAAGCAGGUGUUCGUUUUGUGGAGCUGGUCCAAACACUUAUUAAAGAUGUGGAUGAGAAGGAGCAUUUCUUCCAGCACGUGUUUCCAGUGGAUUUCGGCACUGACUUUGACGCAGCCAUUCGGGUCCUGAUGUGGCAUUUCCUGUCUAGGCUGGAGCACUUCCUGCCAAUCCCUGACCUCCAGCAGACUCUGGCUUGGCUUGAUCCACUGUUGCCUGUUUCAAAAGACUGUGAGGAGUUCAAUAGUCAGUCAGAUCACGUAAAGACACUGCUUGAGCACUACAAGAACCUUGGACAUCUAGAUACCAAAUACCCUUGUCAGCCCAUGAGUGCAGGAAAUUGCAUCCUGUCCACACUCUCUGGUAAAGCGAGUGACAUCCAUCAGAAGAGAGUAGGUCACGUUCAGAUUUUCGACAGACAGACCUUGGACCACAUUCAGAAAAGCGCCGCGGAGUCAGUAGUAGGAGCACCUGAAUGUACAGAGACUCUGGUAGGACCGGAUGAUAAUGGAGAGCAUCUUUUUACAGAAUCAGAGUGUGCAAGAGCCGUGGCUUUGAAUGAUUCUGUGCUAACGCUUCCAGAAGACCACAAUUCUACAGAUGUAAUAGAGGAAUCAGACUCUAAUACUGAACAGUCAGAGUUCCUGUCUUCUCCUUUGUCUAUACAACCAGUGCCUGAAGACAGUGCUGUACCCAAAAUACUUGUAAGCAUGCGCAGAUCUGCACAGAAGCCUGUUAUCUCAGAAAACAAGGGUGACCCUGUGGAGUCUGACAAGUCUGAUUGCACCUCAGAUAACACAAAUGGAUCCUCUCACACUUACUCGUGCUUGCAGUGUCCAUUCAGUCACUCUCAGGAGCAAAACCUCAGAAGUCACAUAAAGAAAGUCCACUCCACUGAAGUAAUGGGAAGUGGGGCUGCAGUUGACCCCUCUUUGCCCAACAGCUGCCAUGUUUGUGGCAAAAGCUACCACUUCCCGUGCUUAUUAAAAGCACACCAGCGCACCCACACCGGAGAGCGUCCUUUUCUCUGUCCAGUAUCUGAAUGCGGCCGCAGUUUCUCCCAUUCCCAGGCCCUCCGUCGCCACAGACUCAUUCAUGUGCCCAAAGACAUCCUAAUAUCACCAAACGACUUUCCUGAGGAAAACAAACCACAAAAGCCAGAAUCCCAAACCUAUGACUGUCUGUACUGCGGAGAGACCUUCAGCUCGCUCAGCGCCAGGAGAGACCAUCACAAGACCCACCCUGAAGAAGCAGUGCAUCGCUGCAACGCCUGCGGGAAGCAGCUUAGCUGUCAGGCAGCUCUAAUCAGACACAAGCGGAUCCAUGCAGAGGAACGACCCUAUAAGUGUACCGAAUGUCAGUCCACCUUCAUUUGCUCAACCUCUUGCAAACGACACAUGCUGACCCAUCAGCCGGAGAGACCAUUCAUUUGCACCUGUGGAAAGGGCUUCACAUACCGCGGCGCGCUUUUGGCUCAUCAGCGCAGCCAUUUGGAAGAGAGACCAUACCGUUGCACGGACUGCGGGAAGGGGUUUCUGUACCCAGGGGCUUUGGUGCAACACCAGAGAACCCACUCCAAAGAGAAACCAUGCCUUUGUGCACAUUGUGGGAAGAACUCUAAUAUAGAGAAUUCUCUUUGUUCACACUCGGACAGCCACAGCACAGAGAAAACUUUUAAAUGCACCUUGUGCGACAAGUCAUUCGUGUUCAAGGCCAGCUUGACCCGGCAUAAACUCACACACACCGGAGAAAGACCGUUCCUUUGUGCAGACUGUGGAAAGGCCUUUUUCACCUUCGGAGAGUUGCUCAAGCACCAGCGCUACCACACAGGACAUAAACCUUUCCAAUGCUCGGACUGCAAAAAGAGUUUUACGCAAGCGUGCUACUUGCAAGUCCACACGAGGCACCACACAGGCAUACGGCCUUAUUCGUGUUCUCAGUGUAACAAGAGUUUCAUCAGUUCUUACCGCCUUAAGAGGCACCUGCGGAUUCACACGGGAGAGAAACCCUUCCAGUGCUUGGACUGCGGGAAAAGAUUUCAACAGUCAUAUCACCUGAAAGUGCACUUCCAGACUCAUGUAGAAAAGAGAUCUGAAAGCAGGACGUCUAAUGCUUCAUUGAUGGCAUCAUAAUUACUG